AUGAUCCAGGAUACAGGAUGGUGUCAGAGCUUUCCUGGGGAUUUGGGGAGCUGUCAGGCAGGUCUGGCCAGAGAGUGCAGCAUCCGUGGGAUCUGCUGGGCUCUGGGCAAACUGCCCCACACAGAGCUGUGCAGUUUGAGCAAUGCGGCUGCAAACCGGGACUGUGAAAGGAAGAAAAGUUCACAUUGGAACAUCUUCCAUCUCUGUGGGAAAGAGAGGUUGAUGGGAAGCCCUCAGCAUGAAAUCCCCCACGUUUAGGUGAGAGUGAGCCCUUCUGCCUGCCUCCAUGCUCACGAGGCACAGCUGACUCCCCUUUUUGGUGUUGGAACCAUGCUGACUCCCCUUUUUGUUCCCAUCACCCUGGCACAGCCGCUUUGAGCCACAAGGAAAUGAAUUUGGUACCAUACUCACUCCACAGGCAUCCUCAGCAGAGCACCAACGUUGUCACCACUCAGGGAUACAACUGUGGGACAUCCCACAUCCAUCUGUCUGUCCUCACUGCUCACCCAAAACCCACUUCCAGCAGUAACAUCACCCCCAGCACUAAAUCCCAGCACAUAACCUGCACUCCACAGCUCAGCACUCCUGCAAAUAUCCUCUCACACCCCCAAGGUCGGGAGAAAGGCUGGCACGGACCGAGGGAAGAAACCCGGAGCCUGUCCACGCUCACGCUGACCGCAGCCGAGCCCAGCAGCUGCAGGGUUAAGGCUGGCGGCUGGCGCUGGACGGCCGUCAAGGUGGUUGCUCCAUCCCUGCGCGGGGCCGGGAGCGCGCACGGAGCCGCCCGCCACCAUGAGCGCAGACAGAGGUAAGGCAGAGAGAGCCGGGCAGGGCGAGGGGCACAGGGGGACAGGCCAGCUCCCCCCCCAGCACUUUGCAAUGCGGCUGCCGGUCAGUUUUUUCCUCUCUUUCUGUGGCUAAGAGGUCAGUUGGGGAGCUCCCGUGCCUUCUCGGGCACUGUAAUGAAUAGCUCUCGGUUCUCUGCUAAUUUUGGGAGGAAUUAGGCAAGGGAACAAGGAGUGCUGCUGCUGGCCUUUCCUGGGAAAGGAAGAAGCUACUGCUGUGGUAUCAGGACAAAGCUCCAAGAGGGCACAGGGGACAUGGGGCGCAGCAGUGCACACACAAGGGCUGGGACGAGUCGGCCACCGGGCUGGGUGACACCAGUGGCUACUGUCUCCCGUGGGAAACCAGUGGCAAUGAGCAUCCUUGCCCUGCAGUGCUGGGGGGUGACGUGCUUCACGCCAUGGUGGCACAGCUGUGUGUCCCACGAUGACCAAGACGGUCACCAUGUGUUGUCCUCUGGGGACGCUGUUCCAAGCUCACCUCCCCAUGCCCGCUUAUGGUCUUCCUUUCCUCUAUGCUCCGCAGCAGGCAGGGUCCCCCUCCUGCUUCCCCUGGUCCUGCUGUUGGCUGCUGCAUCCCAGCCUCAGGACGGGGACGUCCCCAAGGAGCCCCCAGCCACAGAGCCCCUGCGCUGCCCCAGCCCCUGUGCCUGCAGCUUGGAUGACUACAGCGAGGAGCUCAACGUCUUCUGCAGCGGCCGCAACCUGACGCAGCUCCCUGAGGACAUCCCCACCAACGCCAAAGCCCUCUGGCUGGAUGGCAACAACUUCACCCAGCUGCCAGCUGCAGCCUUCAGGAACCUCUCGGGGUUGGACUUCCUGGACCUGCAGAGCAGCCAGCUGGCCGCAGUGGAGCAGCACGCCUUCCAUGGCCUGCGCAGUCUCUACCACCUCCACCUGGAGCGCAACCGCCUCAAGUACCUGGCACCCCACACCUUCCUGCACACCCAGAACCUCGUAUCCCUCAGCCUCAACAACAACUUCUUCAGCAAGGUGGAAGAAGGGCUGUUCGCAGGGCUCUCCAAUCUGUGGUACCUGAACCUGGGCUGGAAUUCAUUGGUGGUCCUGCCUGACAAGGUUUUCCAUGACUUGCCCAAUCUGAGGGAGCUGAUCCUGGCUGGGAACAAGCUCCCCUACCUCCAGCACCAACUCUUCUGUAGCCUUACGGAGCUGAAGGAGCUGGACCUCAGUGGGAAUGCGCUCAAGGGCAUCAAGAUCAACAUCUUUGUCAAGUUGCAGAAGCUGCAAAAGCUCUACUUGAACAACAACCAGAUCAAUGCCAUCGCACCCCGCGCGUUCAUGGGCAUGAAGUCUCUCAGGUGGCUGGAUCUCUCCCACAACCGCCUCACCUCACUGUAUGAGGACACGUUUCUGGGUCUCCUGAGCCUGCAUGUCCUACGCUUGUCCACCAACUCCAUCACCAACCUGAGGCCCAGGACUUUCAAAGACCUCCAGUUCCUGGAGGAGCUGCAGCUGGGACACAACAGGAUCUGGAGCUUGGCAGAAAGGACCUUCGAUGGGUUGGGUCAACUGGAGGUCCUCAGCCUCAACAACAACCAGCUGCAGGACAUCAAGGCUGGGGCCUUCCUUGGGCUGUACAACGUGGCAGUGAUGCACUUGUCUGCCAACUGCAUCAAGACUCUGCCCGAAUACGUGUUUGAGGGAGUCACCAAGCUGCACAGCCUCCACUUGGAGCACAGCUGCCUGAGCAGGAUCAGGGCCAACACCUUCUCCAGCCUCACCAGCCUGCGGCGGCUCUUCCUGCAGCACAACGCCAUCUCCAUCAUUGAAGACCAAAGCUUCAGAGAACUGCACGAGCUGCUGGAGCUCGACCUGAAGCACAACAGGCUGAGCCACCUCUCACCCCAGCUCUUUGUGGGUUUGAGCAACCUGGAGUACCUCUUCCUCUCCUUCAACCAAAUCCUGGACAUCUCUCAGGACACCUUCAGCCCGCUCCGCAGACUCUUCUGGCUCGACCUCUCCCAUAACCAGCUGGCGACAUUGGACAACGCCGUCAUCACACAGCUUGCCAACCUGCGCUACCUCAGUCUGAGGAACAACUCCCUAGAGACCUUCUCAGUGGGGUUCUUGUCCCCUUCCUUCACACUGGAGCAGCUCUGGCUUGGGGGGAACAAUUGGCACUGCAACUGCUCGCUGAAGGGGCUGCGGGAUUUCGCCCUGCGGCACCCCAGCGUGGUCCCACGCUUUGUCCAGUCCGUCGCCGAGGGGGAUGACUCCCAUGUCCCUGUUUACACCUACAAUAACCUCACCUGCUUCCAGCCACCCAGCCUCAUGGGCCUGGACCUCCGCGACACCAGUGAGGACAACUUUGCUCACUGCUGACACAUGACUGCCACCUCCCUGUCCCCAUCACUGUCCGUGGUCUGUCUAGCCUCGGCCACCUUUCCCCGUGUGGCACCACGGGGGACAGCUAUAUCCACUUGGAUGGGGACCUGGGGAAGGCGAGGGGGGACAGGAAACAUUGGCAGUAUUUAAACACCAGCAUGGGGACAGAAUGAAGCAUCUUCCUGCCAUGAAGUGGGGUGGUUUCACCCUGUGCCCACCUGUGGGCAGCCCCCAGCCUCUUCCAGGGCUCCAAACGUCACCCAGGGUCCCACCAUCCCCAUCCACCAGCAAGACCUCAAAAAAGCAGUGCUAGAAUCUAGUGCAUGGCACCUGGGGUCACCUCCACCCCAGCAGGUUUAAAGGGAAAAAAAAACAGAAAACCCAAAUUUGCUGUUGAGCCCUACUGUAGGUCUGGGGAAGGGGACAGAUACUCGCUUUUAAUUGCUCCUUGCCACAGCCAAUACAGGUUACAGAAAGCCACCCAUGUCACUUACCUGAUAAUUCACAGCAGACAAAUAAACCUUUGGAGCUAUUGCAACCCAUCUUGUAAGUAUGUUUUUUUGAAACCACGUGCCACACCCAGCAGGGCUUCUUAUCAGAGCUCCUCAGGGUUUGUGCACGACCCCAUCCCAACAUUUGGGUGCCAUGGGCUUUCCACAUCCCCAGAUAUUAAAGGAACUUGCAGCAAACUUUCUGCAAAGUGAACAGCAAUGAAGGAAAGGCUGGGACCAAUUAAAGGGGUGCAGUGUCCCUCAGACCGUGCACACAGCCCCUGCUCAGCUGGUGCUCUGAUCCUGCACUGACCCCCCUCCACUCAGCAUUAUCAGGGAGUGGGAUUUGCACUGCACACAGUCCCACAGGCCAGGAGAACGCGUGGCUGCAGGAAUGACCCCACUCUCCAAAUCCCAAAUCAGUGAGCAAAGGUCAGAUGAGAUUUCCAGGAAAGCUGCAAGUGGGGAAGGCCUGGUCAGGUGUGAGUUCUAAUGUGGGUGCACUCCAAGCAGGGACAGAUGCUUUUCUAAUCUCCUUCAUAAUGAAGGGCUUCCAACGAGGAUGCAGCUCGGUCAGCAGGAAUCUGAUGUUUCUCUUGACUCUCUAGAGCAGCACUGCAAGGUGAAGGUCCAAUCACAGAGAGGGCACAGAGGCAGAAUGGGCUCACGCUCUAGGAGAGAGGGAAAUAAAGCGCAAAGACGCGAUCUUUAGCAGCUUCCCCAGCUUAAACCGUGCUUGCAAGAAGAAGGCAGAACCCAAGGGAGUGCCAGCACUGAAGAGAAAUCCAAACUUACAGAAGCUGCCAAGGAAAGGAGCCCCAGGGAGACAGCACAGCCAGAGGCAGUGAGCCAGGAACCGUCAGGGAGCUGGAGAAGCCCCAUGUGUGCCAGGGGUGUGGAGAAGGCCUGUGGCAAAGGAUGCUGCAAAGGACUGCAAGGGCCAGUUUUCAACUAGACCAGGCAACAGCAGGAUCUAGAAGCUGGAGAAAAGCCAUAGCUGAGCCCCAGCAAGGAAACACGAGAAACAGGAAACAUCUAAAUGU